GAAAAGUCUUCACAUCAGGAAGAGCGCGCUUUGGACUUCUGUCACGCUUAGUUGUUUGUUAUGAGGUGUAACGUCCAGGCACUGACGGUCAAUAAUUUCAACGUUUUCGCAACCACAUUUCGCACUAAAUAAAGUCGGCCUCGUUCCAAGUACUUCGGUUUGGACAGCCAGGCAGUUUGUUAGUUAUUAUGCUGAUUGCAUAUAAUGUGGAAGAGUUUACUCAUUUACUUUCAACCACUUAACUUAAUUCGGUAGAAGAUUCUGAGAUCGAAACUAAUUAUCAUGAAGUAGUCGAUGGCUUCGAGAAGUUGGACUUAAAACCAGAACUUCUUCGUGGUAUAUAUGGUUAUGGUUAUGAAAAGCCGUCGGCCAUUCAACAGCGAGCUAUUAAACCAUCUAUAGAGGGUCGUGAUGUUAUCGCUCAAGCUCAGUCCGGUACAGGGAAAACGGCAACAUUUGCCAUCAGCAUUUUACAAAGGAUAGAUGUCUCAUCAAAUACUUGUCAAGCCCUUGUCCUCGUGCCAACCAGAGAACUUGCAAGACAAAUCCAAACGGUAAUUAGUAUAUCAAUAAUAAGAAAUUUCAGGUUGUUCAACGCAUUGGUUCCUAUCUGUGUGUCAAAUGCUAUACGUGUAUCGGGGGGACAAGAACCUCGCAAGAUAUGGCGUGUCUUCAACAGGGUCAACAUGUUGUUGUUGGUACUCCCGGCCGUGUUUUUGAUAUGAUGAAUCGUAAUACUCUGGCAACUGCUAACAUCAAGAUUUUCGUGUUGGACGAAGCUGAUCAAAUGCUUGAUCGUGGUUUUGAACCCCAAAUUAAAGAAAUAUAUAGAUUUCUACCUGAAACGGCUCAAAUCAUGCUAUUGUCUGCCACUAUGCCGAAAUCAAUACUUUCCAUCGCACGGAGUAUAAUGCAUGAUCCUGUUCAAAUACUGAUUAAGAAAGAAGAAUUGACAUUGGAUGGGAUCAAACAGUUUUAUAUUAAUGUAUCCAAAGAAGACUACAAAUUAGAGACCUUAAUGGAUCUAUAUGGAAUAAUGAAUUUAAGUCAAGUCGUCAUUUUUGUUAAUUCUGUAAACAAGUCCACACAUAUUUGUAAUGAGCUUAAGCUCAAGAAGUUCCAAGUUUCAUGCAUUCAUAGUGAUAUGGAUCAAGAAAAACGUGAUGCAGUUAUGGAGGAAUUCCGUAGCGGAAGAUCACGAAUUUUGCUGUCCACUGAUAUUCUGGCGCGUGGUAUCGAUGUACAGCAAGUCUCGUUAGUCGUUAACUAUGACCUACCUAGUAAUCGUGAGACAUAUAUUCACAGAAUCGGGAGAGGAGGUCGUUUCGGUAGAAAAGGUACAGCCAUCAACUUCAUCACUGAAUCAGAAGUAGAAGCUCUAAGUGACUUGCAGCAAUAUUUCAAUACAGAAAUUCUUGAGAUGCCUGAUGACAUUGUUGAUUUUCUGUAACCUGAACUUGAGCCCACUUAUACAUUUUAAUAUUUGUUCCUAGCUGAGCUACUUUCAGUUUUUAUUGUUGGUUAUCUGGUCAUUAAUUUUCGAGUUUUAUUUUUCCAUCCAACACCGCUCUUGUCACAUCUUUAGGUGUUACUACUCCUGAUUCUUCAAUUUGUUCACUGAGGGUGCUUAAUUGGGAAAUAAAUCAGAAUUUGCGCAUUGUG